GGAAGAGUUUGGUACAGGGACUGUCGCAAAAGCUCAAGAGAAACUUCUAGUGGACUUAAGGUGAUUCUAAAUAAGCGAAGAGGGCUCAGCUCCCCCCUACUGUGUCUCAGGUGUGCUGCCACCCCCCGCCCUAAGCCAUCAUGGGCGACUGGAGUCUCUUGGGGAACGUCCUGGAGGAGGUUCAGGAGCAUUCCACCUCGGUGGGGAAAGUGUGGCUCACCGUGCUCUUCAUCUUCCGCAUCCUAGUGCUGGGCACGGCGGCCGAGUCGUCGUGGGGGGACGAGCAGAGCGACUUCCUGUGCGACACGCAGCAGCCCGGCUGCACCAACGUUUGCUACGACAGCGCCUUCCCCAUCGCCCACAUCCGCUACUGGGUGCUGCAGAUAGUCUUCGUGUCCACGCCGUCGCUCAUCUACAUGGGCCACGCCGUGCACACGGUGCGCAGUGAGGAGAAGCGGCGGCGGAGGGAGCAGGAGGAGAGGGAGGCCCGUGCGGAGGGCGGCGGGGCGGACCUGGAGGCGGAGAAGGAGUACCUGCAGCAGGGGGAGAUGUCGGAAAGGCCGAGCCGCGUCCGCCUUAAAGGAGCUCUGCUGCAAACUUACGUCCUCAGCAUCCUCAUCCGCACCGCCAUGGAAGUCAUCUUCACCGUCAUCCAGUACUGGCUUUACGGCGUCUUCCUCAAGGCGCUCUACCAUUGCACGUCGUCGCCGUGCCCCAACCCGGUCAACUGCUACAUGUCCCGCCCUACGGAGAAGAACAUCUUCAUCGUCUUCAUGCUGGUGGUGGCCGCCGUGUCCUUGGCGCUAUCUGUGCUGGAGCUCUACUACCUGGGCUGGAAGAGCACGAGGUCGUGCAUCCGCCGAAAAAGGGCGCAACAAGCCGUGGACGCCGCCUUGGAGCACAACAGCCUGCCUCCGCCCUCGGACUCCCCCACCCCUCCCCCUGACUUCAUCCGCUGCGCCAUCACCUCCUCCAUGACCCCCAUGGCGUCCAUGACCUCCAUGGCCUCGCACCCCUUCAGCAACAGGGUGGCGCUGCAGCAGAACUCGGCCAACCUGGCCACCGAGCGCCACCACAGCUGCGACAACCUGGAGGACGACCGGGACUUCCUGGUGAGGUACCAGCACCAGGCGCCCAAUGAGCUCCCCAACAUCAACAACAACUGCCACCCGUUGCCCGCGCUGCAUUCAGGGUACACCAGAGACAAACGACGUCUGAGCAAGACGAGCGGAAGCAGCGGAAGUCGGGCUCGUCAAGACGACCUGGCCGUUUAAAAUGGUGGACCAAAGAGAUGGGCCAUCUGAUAGUUGUGAACUCCUUGACCACCCAAAACUGACUCAUGAACUACAGAGAACAGGGUAUCAGGUGGGAUCCUUCACUAUUGCACAUUUUGGAAUAUGAAACGCCAAUAAAAAGGCGAGAAUGACCUAAAAAUGUGGACAUGGUUUCCCUUAAAGGGGUCAUAUGACUUUUUUCCUCAAUUACAAAACUUCCUUGAGGUCUACAUAACAUGUAAUGGCGGUUUUUUGGUCAAAAUUUUGCAAAGAUUUCGUUUUACAGACCAUCUUCCAAGACCCAUUCUGACCAUCUCUUCAUAUUGACGUGCCUCCACUGUGACUGCUUUUUCUCCUCGCCAUUUUUGUUGUCGUUUUUAGCACUUCCAUAUGGAGUUUACUGACUGAUGUAAGUUCAAACUAUACGCUGCUUUGUAUAAAAAAAAAUGGCAACAUAGGAGGAUGCAUGUGCUUGUACAAGCCAGUCUGCCCCACAACAAGAGGAUAGAGAAAAAGAAGGAGCUCAUUGACUACAGCAUCGGACUACAAUGGCAGACUCACGCAAAGCUCUUCGGGUAAAUCUCUACUGAAGACGGAGAUGUCCUCUGACGUCACACUCGGGGAAAAAAAUUCACAAAUUGGGCAAAUUGCAAACGGCUCGUUUGGAGGAAGUAUACUGAACAAAAAUAUAAAACGUAACACUUUUGUUAUUGCUCCCAAUUUUAAUGAAACGUAAAACUUGUACGACAUAUAGUACAUGCCAAUAGUUUGGACACACCUUCUCAUUCAAUGGGUUUUCUUUAUUUUCAUGACUAUUUACAUUGUAGAUUGUCACUGAAGGCAUCAAAACUAUGAAUGAACACAUGUGGAGUUAUGUACUUAACAAAAAAAUUUGAAAUAACUGAAAUCAUGUUUUAUAUUCUAGUUUCUUCAAAAUAGCCACCCUUUGCUCUGAUUACUGUUUUGCACACUCUUGGCAUUCUCUCGAUGAGCUUCAAGAGGUAGUCACCUGAAAGGGUUUUCACUUCACAAGUGUCAUAGUUUUGAUGCAUUCAGUGACUAUCUACAAUGUAAAUAGUCAUGAAAAUAAAGAAAACGCAUUGAAAUGAGGUGUGUCCAAACGUUUGGCCUGUACUGUACACAAAAGUCCUAUUCCUUCCAAAUAUUGUUCACAAAUCUGUCUAAAUCUGUGUUAGUGAGCACU